UUCAUUUGAACAUUUUGAAGAAAUGCGACCAAAUACUUUAAACAACAACUAUGCCUAGAAAUCUGCAAAGUUUGCUUGGGGUGUCUACACCUUAUGGGUACAGACAAAGCCUACAGCUGCCGAAAACUAAAGAAGGAAACCAAAAACGGACCAUGCAAGAAGUUUUAGCAGCUACCCAUAAAGGGUGUAUUUUUCCAGAGCCAAAAGUCCCUGAAAUUCGGAUGAGAAAUAAUAAACUGUCAGGACUAGUGUAUGAAUACAACAAACUUUGCAAGAAUGUGAAAUACUUACCGAAUCCAGUGUCGAGACUGUUGUACGACGGUAUGAAGAUUAGGUCCAUUAAGAAUUCGGAGCUAAAAGAAAGAGAAACAAUGCCAUGUCAUGCUGAGCAUGAACAAAAUAUGGAGCCACCGUGCGUAGCUUACUAUAGUCCUAAACCAAGUCAAGUUUUUGCCAAAAGAGAUCACCACACUACAACUCAUAUUGAAAGCGGAAAAUCUCUCAACAGAGAUGUACAAGCUUCCUUAUCAACUGUAUGCGUGUUCCUUAGUAAAGCUGUGACUUUUAAAGCGUGUUUGAACUACAUGAAGAAAUUUGGGGAUUUGGAAGAAGUGAUUCAAACAGGGGAAAGGUCGUUUCGUAUCUCAUAUAGUAAUCUGGUAAGUGCCUGCGACGCUGUAGCUCGAAGCGAUAAAAGAUAUGUCCAAUGUUUCUGGUUCCACGGAGAUCUAAAGAACAAGAAAUUUCGGAAGCGAAAAAAUAAAGCUUUACAUGUGGUGCAAGACUUUACUUUAGAAAGACAAUAAUACUCACUUUAAAUGCUUGUUUAUUUUUACUUAUACAGAAUACAGAGUAAUAAACUGGUACAGC